UAUCCUUUCCUUCGUUUUCUUGUUCUUCUUCUACCACAAGGCACGUUGAGUCGGUGACACUAUAAACUCCAUCGACCCUUUUCCCUUCACUAAGAUCCACGCCAUACCCACCUCCCACUUUUGCAUCUUUUUUCCUCGCUGCUCUUGAAUUGGGAAAUCCAUAACUCCCACGCAAUUCAAGGUUGUUCUUUUUUGUUCGAACCUUUUGCUUUCGUUGAAAAAUCUUACUUUUUUAUUCAUUUAUCGCCCAUACUUUUAUUAUAUAUUGGGUUUUGAAUAUUCAAACGGCUUGAAGGGAGAAAGUUUGGUGAAUUCGUUUGUGAAAUUUUGCGAAGAGGAAUAUAAUUAGGUUUAGUUUUUGUUGAUGGGUUCUCCUGAGAGUAGGGUAGGGGAUGAUGAGGAGUGGGAGGGUGGUGAGAGGAAGAAGCACAGGUCAAGAAAAUCUGGGAAUGGAGAAGAGGGUGAAGGGUUAGAUGGAGGUGGAAGAAGAAGAGGUUAUGGAGAUAGUAGAACUGAGAGUAGGAAGAGGUCUAGUGGAUCAAGUAGGGCUGAUAGUGAUGACAAUGGUUAUGAUUCGCGUCGCGCGAAACAGAUGAAGAAGAGACAAGAGGAAAGCACAUUGGAGAAGUUGAGCAGUUGGUAUGAGGAUGGAGAGUUUGAAAACAAGCAAGAUGGGAGUAAAGUGCAUAGCCGGGGCGAUGAAGGUGAGAGGAGGAAAAUUUCGUCGAAGCAAAUUGAUCAUGAUGGUUCUCAGAGCAGAAGUAGGAGUAAAGAAGAUAGGUUGCAUGAUAGGGAGGUUGAAAAAAUGGAUAAAGAUUGUAGACACUCUGAGAAGAAGGAAAGCAACAGACAGAAGGUUCAUGGGUCUUCUGAGCAGGUGAAAAGUUCAAGAAGGAGAUGGGAUGAAGCUGACACUAUUAAAAAUACAGAAGAUGGUUAUUCUGAGAAAGGUGAUUACAGAAAUGCUAAGGCUUCUGAUAAUAAGUAUCAGAGUUCUAGAGAGAGGAGUGGAUCUGUUAGAACUGAACCUGGGGAGAGUAAAAGCAAGGGAUUGGAUUCCGGCCGUGAGAAAGUUGUCAAAUCAACCCAUAAAGAAGAUAGAGUAGCUGAUCUUGAGAGAGGUAAGAGCAAAGGCAGGUCAGAACCACAAGAUAUUAGCUGUGAAGACAAUAUGCUAGACAAGGAUAGAAUAGAGAAGCCCCGGCGCCAGAGAACACCCAGCAGUUAUGAUGUAGCUGAAAGCUGGGAUAGGCCAUUAAAUGCAGAUGAGGAUGGAAAUACAAGGAUAAGGGAUAAAACUCCUAGAGAAGCAGGGCGCACAAACAGAUCUAGGACGCCUGAGAGGAGUGGACGACGCCAUCAAGAUUCAGAAAACUCAGAGAUGGAUUUUGAAAGAAGUGGAAGCUUUAAAGGGAAGGAAAUUGAUAAGGAUGACUAUAGGGAUGAUAGAUCCAAAGGCAAAGAUGAUACUUGGAAUGACGGGAAUAAGGAUCGGGAAAGUUGGAAAAGGAGGCAACUGAGUAGUAUUGACAGAGACUCAACAAAUGGGGACAUUGUGUAUGAUAACAAUAGAGAAUGGGAGCUCCAUAGACAUGGUCGUGAGAGGACCGACAAUGAGAGGCCUCAUGGCCGGUCUGGUGGUAGAAAGGAUGUGAGCAGGGGGGAUGCUGUUAAAAUUUCAUCUAACUUUGGAAUUUCUAAUGGUAAUUAUGAUGUGAUAGAGAUCCAAACAAAGUCCAAUGAUUAUGGCAAAUCAGAAUCUAUGUCCAACUUUUCCAGGAGAACUGAAGCUAAUCAACAAUACAAUGUUAAACUGGGAUCUAAUGACGAAGAAUGGGCAUAUCAUCAGGGAGAAAGAGCUAGAAGAAGUGAUUCAUGUGGGACUGGAACACCUGGUGAAGAUCUUAAGGAGAGAUACGCUGAUGAUGACAAUGAUUUUUAUGGUGGAAGAGGAAGAGGUCAAAAGGUUGCUGGGUCUGUUCGCAGUACUGGUGGUGGUUCACAUCCUCAAUAUGGAAAUCAGGAGUCUAGAUCCUUUAACAGAGCUGGUCCACAUGGUUUAAAAGGGAAUAGGGUUGGCAGAGGAGGAAGGGUUAGGCCAAUUGGGAGAGACAACCAGCAGGUUGGAAUGCCAUUGCCAAUGAUGGGAUCACCUUAUGCACCUCUUGGCAUGCCUCCACCUGGGCCAAUGCAGCCUCUUACACAUGGUAUGUCACCUUCUCCCUGUCCACCAAUUUCCCCCGGCGUCUUCAUUUCACCUUUUACUCAAGCCGUUUGGCCUGGAGCUCGAGGUGUUGAUAUGAAUUUAUUAGCUGUUCCGCCAACACUAUCUCCGGUACCCCCUGGUCCAUCAGUCCCAAGAUUUCCUGCUGCUAACAUAGGGAAUCCUCCAAAUCCAGCAAUGUAUUAUAACCAAUCAGGCCUCGGAAGAGGAGUUCCCCCAGGCAUUUCUAGCCAUGGUUUUAAUUCUGCAGGACCAAUGACUCGAGGAGCACCAGCUGAUAAAACUUCAGGGGGAUGGGUUCCUCCUAAAAGUAGUGGAGCUCCUGGUAAAGCUCCAUCUAGAGGUGAACAGAAUGAUUAUUCUCAGAACUUUGUUGACACUGGUAUGCGGCCGCAGAAUUUCAUUAGGGAGCUUGAGCUCACAAGUGUUGUAGAGGACUACCCUAAGCUUAGGGAGCUAAUCCAGAAAAAGGAUGAGAUAGUGACAAACUCUUCUUCUGCUCCUAUGUAUUAUAAAUGUAAUCUAAAAGAGUUUGAACUGUCUCCAGAGUUCUUUGGAACAAAGUUUGAUGUCAUUCUUGUAGAUCCCCCGUGGGAGGAGUACGUGCACCGUGCCCCCGGUGUCGCUGACCAUAUGGAGUACUGGACAUUUGAAGAAAUAAUGAAUCUCAAGAUAGAGGCUAUAGCAGAUACUCCCUCCUUCAUCUUCCUUUGGGUGGGUGAUGGUGUAGGCCUUGAACAAGGCCGUCAAUGUCUAAAGAAGUGGGGAUUUCGUAGGUGUGAAGACAUAUGUUGGGCAAAGACAAACAAAACCAAUGCAACUCCAGGACUGCGGCAUGAUUCACAUACUUUAUUUCAACAUUCAAAGGAACACUGCUUGAUGGGCAUCAAAGGAACUGUUCGUCGAAGUACUGAUGGCCAUAUAAUUCAUGCUAACAUUGAUACAGAUGUAAUUAUUGCUGAAGAACCACCCUAUGGCUCAACCCAAAAGCCUGAAGAUAUGUAUAGGAUUAUUGAGCACUUUUCCCUUGGAAGGAGGAGAUUAGAGCUAUUUGGUGAAGACCACAAUAUCCGAUCCGGUUGGGUGACUGUUGGUAAAGAACUAUCAUCUUCAAAUUUUAAUGCAGAGGGAUAUAUGAAGAAUUUUGCUGACAAAGAUGGGAAAGUAUGGCAAGGAGGUGGGGGGCGGAAUCCACCUCCAGAAGCACCUCAUCUGGUGGUGACUACUCCUGAUAUAGAGGCUCUUAGGCCCAAGUCACCAAUGAAGAACCAACAGCAGCAGCAAUCAGUGUCCAUUCCUUUGACUACUACUAAUUCCUCAAACAGAAGGCCUACUGGGAAUUCACCACAGAAUCCAACUGCACUUGGUCUCAACCAAGAUGCUUCUAGCUCAAACCCUUCUACUCCAGCUCCUUGGUCUUCACCACUUGAUGGCUUUAAGGCACGUGAAGGUUCUGUAGUGCCUUCAGAUGGUAAAGCUUUUGAUGUGUAUGGGUUUAAUGGACCUGCACCGGCUAACUAUGUAGAUUUUGAGCCAUCUAGACAAAUGAAUCUGAUGUAGCAUAACGCUCAGAAUGGUAGUGUUAUGUGAUGUGUUGUGGAUAGUAUUAUUGUUUUUCCCACUAAUGUAAGUGGGGAGAAAAAUUCUUGGCCUGUUUAUGCAUUCUUUUGGUGGCAUUGGCUAUUACAUUGUUUAGUUAGGGGAAUAAGAAGAAGAAAAAGGUUGGUUUACUAUAACAAUGUUUGUGCCAAUCCAUCUGAAAGAAUAUAGUUUUACUUCAUGUGCUUCCCAGGGCAAUAAUGUUUCAUUUACGUUGAAAUUAGUAACUUAAUUGAAGUGUUGCUUU